UAAUGUCAAAACACUCUGAAAAGAAAACUAAAGUAGUCGAAUAUAGACAUGAUCAUCAAUAAUCAUAUUAUCAAACAUAUGUUCCUACACCAUAUGUAGCUACAACAUAUGAAUAACCAAUAGUGGUAGUACCAAAUAUUCAACCAACAUAAAUCAUAACAGCAGAACCAACAGUAAUAAGAGAAAGAAGAAUAGUGUAAGGAGAAUCAUAAUACAUAAAAUAAGAUCAAGUAAUAUAAGAAUAGAAUUGUUGUAUGUCUUGUAUGCCUUGUGUACCAUGUUGUGAUAAGGAAUAAAAGAUUGUUACAAGAUAAGUAGUAUUAAAAGGUAUAUUCAAUUAAUAUACAUAGAGAAAUAACCAAUUUUAUAAAAUAGAAAUGAGGAAUAUGAGAAGAAGUUGGAUGAUAUAGAGAAAUUGCAUAUACAAGAAAUUAGAGAAAUGGAAUUAAAGAUGUAAUAACAAUUAGAUUAAUUACAGAAUUAAAAACUAUAAGAUGAAUAAUAACGAUAAUUAUUAGAUUUAAAAUAAUCACUCUUUGAUAUUAAAAAUCAAUUAAGUUAAAGAAUUCAAUAAAAUCAACCUUAAUAAUCUUAAAUAAUUAAUCCAUAUUAAAUAGAGAAAUUGGAAACUUAAUUAGAUAAGAAAAAGAAAAGAAUUAAAGAAAUGAAACAAAUUAUAAAUAAUUUACAAAUAGAAAUUUAAUAAAAGAACAGUUAAAUCUAAGAUUUAGAUCUCAGAUUAAGAUAACCAAUUCCAUAAUAAGUAGUUCAUAUUCCUGUGCCAUAAGAGAAUUAUGAAUUAAUUAAUUAAGUAAGAUAUUUAGAAUAAGAACGUAAUGCUUUAUUAAGAGAAAUUGAUUCUCUAAAAUUUACUAAUUCAGAAUUAUCAUCAUUAUCAUUUAGAGAAGAUCCUGAAAAGAUUAGAUUAAAAUAAGAUUAUACUAGAAUGAUAAAUGAUUUUAGAUUUUUAGAAUAGGAGAAUAUUAAGAUGGCCACAAUCAUAGGACAAAAAGAUGAAUUGAUUAAAUCUCUAGAAUAACGAAUCAGUGUAGAAUUAUAAAGAUAAUCUAUAUUACUUUAAUAAUAAUCUCCUUAAAGAAUUGUUCUUGAAUAAACUACUACUACUCGUCCAAUUUAAACAUAAUAUGUUAUAGAUUCAUCUUAAUCUUAUGCUUAAUAGCCAAUUCAUAAAUAAUAUAUUAUUUAAGACUAACCUAUUUAAACUAUUCAACCAACACUUUUACAAUAACAAUAAUAAACACUUCCUAAUGUGAAAAUAAUAUCAUGA